GGGAUAUGUGUAUGUAAGUGUGUGUGAGUGCUUUAUAAAUGUUUCGGGUCAGCGGAGGUCAUUUGGCCAGUGAUGCCGUGGGAGAGGACAAGGAAACGUCAAAUAACUGCAGACUUACGACUUUCAGAAAGACUGAGAAAUUUCACAACAAGGGUUCAAUAUGACGUCGGUCCACCCUUUGCAGCUAUAACAGCUUCAGCUCUUCUGGGAAGGCUGUCCACAAGGUUUAGGAGUGUGUUUAUGGGAAUGUUUGACCAUUCUUCCAGAAGCGCAUUUGUGAGGUCACACACUGAUGUUGGACGAGAAGGUCUGGCUCUCAGUCUCCGCUCUAAUUCAUCCCAAAGGUGUUCUCUCGGAUUGAGGUCAGGACUCUGUGCAGACCAGUCAAGUUCAUCCACACCAGACUCUGUCAUCCAUGUCUUUAUGGACCUUGCUUUGUGCACUGGUGCACAGUCAUGUUGGAAGAGGAAAGGGCCAGCUCCAAACUGUUCCCACAAAGUUGGGAGCAUGGAAUUGUCCAAAAUGUCUUGGUAUGCUGAAGCAUUCAGAGUUCCUUUCACUGGAACUAAGGGGCCAAGCCCAGCUCCUGAAAAACAACCCCACACCAUAAUCCCCCCUCCACCAAACUUUACACUUCGCACAAUGCAGACAGACAAGUACCGUUCUCCUGGCAACCGCCAAACCCAGACUCGUCCAUCAGAUUGCCAGAUGGAGAAGCGCAAUUCAUCACUCCAGAGAACGCGUCUCCACUGCUCUAGAGUCCAGUGGCGGCGUGCUUUACACCACUGCAUCCGACACUUUGCAUUGCACUUGGUGAUGUAUGGCUUGGAUGCAGCUGCUCGGCCAUGGAAACCCAUUCCAUGAAGCUCUCUGCGCACUGUUCUUGAGCUAAUCUGAAGGCCACAUGAAGUUUGGAGGUCUGUAGCGAUUGACUCUGCAGAAAGUUGGCGACCUCUUCGCACUAGGCGCCUCAGCAUCUGCUGACCCCGCUCCAUCAGUUUACGUGGCCUACCACUUCGUGGCUGAGUUGCUGUCGUUCCCAAACACUUCCACGUUCUUAUAAUACAGCUGACAGUUGACUGUGGAAUAUUUAGGAGCGAGGAAAUUUCAUGACUGGAUUUGUUGCACAGGUGGCAUUCUAUCACAGUUCCACGCUGGAAUUCACUGAGCUCCUGAGAGCGACCCAUUCUUUCACAAAUGUUUGUAAAAACAGUCUGCAUGCCUACGUGCUUGAUUUUAUACACCUGUGGCCAUGGAAGUGAUUGGAACACCUGAUUCUGAUUAUUUGGAUGGGUGAGCGAAUACUUUUGGCAAUAUAGUGUAUAUAUAUAUAUGGCAGAAAUAUUUAUAUUAACUUAAAUGAUGAGCGCACUGAUUGCACACGUGGACAAAAAUGUAAGCAGUCCUCGAAAGUUAAAGGAAAUUUGAGCUGCUCUGCUUGGGCAACCCUGAGCGACAAGUCAUGAUCAAAGGCACUGAAGCUAACCAAGAAACACACUAUUUUAACAAGUUUUGUUACACAAGCUGAGCUCCAAAAAACAACCGGCGUAAAAUGAUAUGUAGGGUCAAUGCAGAGCACCAACUACACCUUCACCUUUAAGGCUUUAUUUCACAAAAAAUAUUUCUGUAAACAUUUAUAAUACAUUUCUUUAUUGAUUGGGUAAUAUUUGUUUAUUCCAAGGAAACAUGGAAAAAAAUGAUACUACAUGCUAGGAAAUUACCAAAGUAUAUGAUAACAAAAGAUUAAAAUCUAUAUAA